GCCUUCACUUCCUCGUCAGGUUGACAGCUCUACUUCCUCAUCACUUAGUCCAAGUUCAGAGCAGUUUGUUGGGUUGUUGGUGGUUCAGUCAUGAAGGACGCGGUUGGAGCAGGUGACCAGGUGGAGGUGUCCCGUCAGGACGUGUAUGAGGACUAUGUGAACAACUACCUCCACCUUUGUACCGAGGCCAGGCCCUGCCGCGACGACAGGCUGCUCAGCAGGGCGACCCAGGUGGUUGUGAGGGACCCGGAGCCCGCACAGACCUACACCCUGUUCCCCUUCUACCAGGUAGUGAUGGAGAACUCAGCGGCCCUGAGGAGAGACUGUAAGAAACACCUGUCCACGGUCAUCAAAGCCACGGAGCUGCUGGAAACCCUCUGCAUCAACCUGUACCUGCAGCCCUGGAGGAAGGAGAUCAGGACUGUCAAGACAUUCACAGGUCCAUUCGUGUACUGCCUCAUGCCGGUCUUCAGUACGUCCACCAUCCAGUCAGUCUUGGCCUCUAUUGGCUACCUGCCUCAGACCAACGUCUCCCCACCAAGUGAGUACAGACUGAGUGAGGAUGCAAACCCAGACAGAGCGCUGCAGAUGGGCUUUGAGCUGCUGUUGGCCAGAGUACAGUGUCUCUACCUCCUGAAGCUCCUGGACCAGGAUCAGCUUAGACCACAGGAGUGGAUUGAAGCACUGCAGAUGAAGUCAAAAGAACACACAGAGAACAAGACGACAGAGCCAAUGGAAGAGGAGCAGAAGAAGAAGGAGGAGGAGGAGAAGGAGGAAGAAGAGGACACACAGAGAAAACAAGUCUCCAUGUCCCUGGACCCCAAACCUGCAGUGAACCCAAAGCCUAAGCCUCGACGCAGCCACCUCUACAAUGUGGACCAGUCUCUCAUGGAGAUGCACAGGAACUACCCAGACCUGUCGAUCAGGGGCCGCCCCGUCCUGCAGGACAAGGCCCCCAGAGGAAGCAGCAGGAGCAGCAGUAAAGCAGCUCACGCUGCCAGCACCCUGAUCCACAGCGACCACAGUCUAGCCGCUCAGCUGGUGGACAAAGACCCUGGGGAAAGUUCCAGAGCUGCUGCUGCUGCUGCUCUGGCCACAGGUCAGUCUGAGCUGUUUAAGGCGACUGAAGUGGUUGGACAUGGUCACAGGAGCAAUGAUGGGAUUAGCACCACAGGAUCGAACAAUAACAGCAGUGGUGGAGGUAGACUGGACCAUGAGCUCAGCGGCCCUCUAGCCAUGUCCCUGCACAUCACACUGAGAACUGGAGCUGGAUCUGAGCAGAAACCGAAGCCUGGAGAAGAUCAGUCCAUGGCCGAGCCUUUGGUGAUGACACAGCAACACUCUGCAGAAGAGCAGCAAAAUAAGAGACCGACCAGAGCAGAUCUUAGUUCAGUGAGCUCUGUGGAUGAGGCCCAGGAGCUGAGAGAGCUGGCCCAAAGGAUGGGGCAGCUGCAUGUGAGUGACGGUGCCGAUGAGCCCAAGAAGAUGCUGGAGGAGGACGACCCCACAGAGAGGAAGAACUGCCUGAGACCUAGGAUGAAGACUGCCUCAGAGUGGAGCCGUGGUGGGAGGAGGAGCAGCAGGUCCUCCCAGAGUGAACAAAGGCUGAUGGAGCAGAGACAGCCCGAGUGUCAGAACUGCACUAAGGAUGAAGAAAGGCAGGAAACAGAGGCAGCAACAGAAGCACACCCGCCCACAGCAGAGGCGUGGCGAGGAGACGACGAGCAUGCUCUCAGCUUUGUUAUCCUCUAGCAGUGGCUUUUAUCUAAGGAGAUACGUUUGGCCAGAAAUAAAAAUAUACAGGAUAAACUCAAAAAAAUGUGAUUAUCAUGGAAAGAUUGUUUUUUUUCCGUAAUUCUAUCCGUCCAUCCAUCCAUCCAUCCAUCCAAUAAUCAUAAAUGCUAAUAAAUAGGGGAGCGAUCAAGCGGUAACAUGUGGACACAUUUCGUGUUCAACAGUCUCUGUCAUGUAAGCAGAGAAACUUAUAUGCAUGUAUCAGACAUAUUUGAGUAGGUGUUUAGAAGCACUUUAACAUUAUGUAGAACAAAAUUUAGGUAGAUAAAAUUUUUAGGUGAAAAAUGUCAAAUUACUGCUCGGCAACACGUGGACUUAAAGCAGACAUUCAAAACAUGCUGUUCUCAACAGAAAUUGAUAUCAAAUCAGAAAUUAAUAUCAAGUGGGACAAAACCUUUUAGAUAUUAUGUACAACUAUGCUGAAAAUAAAUUUUGGAGUAAAAUAUCGAAAAGUCUGUUUUACUGACAUGAGAGUGUGGUAACACGUGGAUGACUCUACCAUUGUAUGCAUCACCCAAAAUGUAUCAAAAGAUCAUUACUUUCUGAAAGUUUCACUCAAAUAUCUGAAUUAUAAGUAACUUGAAAUUUUUU